AUGCGGCUGUCACGGGAGCUGAUCACGCCUCAUUGUUCCCUCAAGGCACCUCACUCAUCCUCAGCUGAGUCUUACGGACAGGCAGUCAGGUUCCAGAUCUUCGGCUUUUCGAACUUCGAGCAGGAGCGCCGGGUGGUGCAAGAGAAUGUGCUACCGGAACUUCAGCGGCACUGCGCCUCUCUCGGCGUGGACGUGGAGCUGUUGGACCUGCAGCAGGGUCAGGACCCGCGCCUGCGACCCGCCGAUGCCACCUUGCGAGAGCUGGAGGACUGCCACGCCCGCUCUCUCGGAUGCUUCCUCCUCUGCCUGUUGGGCAACAAGUACCGGCCGUUCGCGCUCCCCGACCUCAUCGAGCGCACAGUGUUCGAGCCGUUGCACCAGGCUGCCCAGGACGCGGACCUGGACGUGUCGCUGCUCGGCCAGUGGUACCUGCUCAACGAGAAUCUGGUGCCACCCGCCUACGAGUUACAACCCCCUUCCGACAGGACAUGCAAGGCGGACGCUGCUGGCCUUCGGCGAGGGCUCGCAACAGCUGGCCCAGACGACUCAUCAACCCUGCUCGAGGAGCAGGAGCAGGUCGUCAAGAUGCUCCAGUACGGCGCCAAGGUGGCUCUCGACGAGGGCCUCAUUGACUCCGACACGGAACGACAGUUCCGGAUGUCUGGUGUUCACGCUCUCCUAGACCACGCGCUGAAACUUUCAAAGACCGCCCAGCACAAGAUCAUCUGUGUCGUGAGGCAGUUCGAUGGUAUCAACGUCAACGACACCUUGGCCUCAACGUACGCCGAUGUCAGUACACAAGGUUCGGACGAGGACACAGCAACGUACGCCGAAGACCUGGUCGCCGACAUCAUUUUGAACGUGGCGAGGAAAAAUGUUCACUUCUACAGUGUUCCCUGGCACGCGAGCGGUCUGGACCCCGAGCUGUCGGCGCACAGCAGCUACUUGGAGAAGCUAACCGAGGCGCUGCUCACCACCAUCAAGGCCAUGGUGGACGAGGCCUCGCAGGUCGAGACGCCCGACUGGGACGAGCUGCCCCCGACUUUCCGCAAAGUUGUUCAGGAGGUGGUUCGGGAGUCCCAGACGCACCUGUGCAACAGCCGGCAGCUGCUACGUUGUCUGGGCGUGUCGCAAUCUUUAGACAGCGACUACGGCCCGCUGCUGCAGAUUCAGCAGCUCAUGCUGGCGGACGAAGAGCGUGUGCGCCACACACCCAUCAUCGUGUGCGGUCGGGAGGGAUGCGGAAAGUCUACACUGCUAUCUCAAGUGCUCAUGUACUGCCCAGAGUGGCUGGGCAGUGACGUGGUGCGCAUCGUGCGCGGCGUGGGCCAGAGCCCAUGCUGCGCGUACCCGGCCGAGAUGCUGCGCAACCUGUGCCUGCACAUCAGCAUGGUGUUCGGCUUCGAGAUCAGCCCCAAGCACCAGAGCUUCGAGCUGAGCAAGCUGAGCACCUGGUUCCAGGAGUUGCUGAAGCGCGUCGAGGCCAGCACCAGCGACCUGGUCAUCGUGCUGGAUGACCUGGACCGGCUGCGGGGUCCCGCGCACCACCAGGCCGCCACACUAGGAUGGCUGCCCUGGAACCUGCCUCUCAACGUGCACCUUGUCUGCUCGGUGGCACAGGAGGCGGAGCCGGUGCUCGCGCUGUUGCGCAGCCGCAUCCCGGCGGGAGACAGCUACGUGUUCAUUCCGCCCCUGGCUGACGCCGCCAGCAUGCUGCAGUCGCACCUGAAGGACAACAAGCGGCUGCUGACGCGGCAGCAGUGGGACGUGUUGCGGCAGCGGCUGGCGGGCCAAACGGCGAGCCCCUUGUACGUGACGCUUCUGUCGCAGCAGGCCAUGCGGUGGGCCUCGUACGAGGCGCUGGACGGCGAGCUGCACGUUCCGGCCGACACCGAGUCUUUCGUGAGCCGCAGCCUGGAGCGCAUUGAGCGCCAGUUCGGCCUGGCGCCGGUCAAGAAGAUCGCUUCGUACCUCACUUGCACGAGCUACGGGCUGCGCGAGCCGGAGGUCAUCGAGCUGCUCUCGUCCACGGAGUGCGACGGCGGAGAACUCGCUCCCGUUAGCUGGCUUUCCUUCAAAAAGGAGCUCGGCGUGCUGCUGAAGGAGUCCUACGUGGACUGCCGGUCAUACCUGCAGUGGAGCCACCGCUGCAUCGGCACCUGCGUCCGCCAACGAUACCUGUCCGACCGGGCUGAGGCAAUCGCUAGCCACGCUGAACUCGCCAACGCCUUUCACCUCGGCUUCCUCAUGCAGAAGGAGGAGAAGGGACCGGCAUUUGAUGAUUCAAGCAAAUCAAAGAGGAAAGAGGACUGGUCCGAUCUUCUCCGAGAAGUAGACGAGCUUUGGCAGCACCUUUUUCAUAGUGGGGAUUUUAAGCGGCUCAAUCAAGAUGCAGUAUGUAAUUUUGAAUUUCUACUUUCCGCCAUUCGAGGAGCUUCCAUCAGCUACGUGAAAAGUGUCUUGGAAAUCGUUCGCGCACAACUCCUGGACUGGGAAAUCGAGCUUCUGUACAAUAUGACCAAGCAGUCCGUCGACGUGUUGAGCCAAGACCCGCAGCAGCUAGCCACCGAAAUUUUAAACUGGCUGCGAACAUACGCUGACGGCAACUCCAAGGUGCUCGGGGACCUAGUGAGCCAGGCGAGCAGCUGGUGCAGCCAAGCCAAGACGCCGCUCUUGGUGCCGGUGACGUCGUGGCUGACCCUAGCGCUGCCGCCGCAGGUGCUCUCGCUAACGUUGCCGGCGCCCAUCCGCCAGCUCGUGGCUGCACCUGACUCGCAGCACGUAUUCUGCGCCACUGAGGCCGACGAUAAGCUCGUCGCCGUCUACCACCUCACGUCCAAGAAGCUCGUGAGACACAUGGCCGGCCACAAAGCCGCCAUCACCUGCCUGUACAUGUCCCCGUCGGGCCUGCACCUGCUCAGCGGCUCUGAGGACACGGACGUCCUCGUCUGGGACCCGGUGACCGGUGAGCUUCGGAGGAGGCUAAGUCACCACGUGGCCGGCGUGUUGUGCGUAACGUGCACGAACGCCGAGGACCUGGUGCUGAGUGGCUCCGAGAUCGGCGUGGUGGUGCUGGCGCGGCUGGACACCGGCCAGCUGGUUCAGCGCCUGGAGAACCACCGCGGCGUCGUCAGCGCCGUGGCCGUCAACCGUGGUGACGACAUAUUCGCCACCGCGUCUUCGGACUGCACGGUGUGCAUCUGGUGCCUCGAGACUUUCACGCUGCUCAACACGCUGUCGGUGCCGGCGGCCGUCGAGCGGCUCAGCAUCUCCGGCGACAGCACGUUCCUGCUGCUCGGCUGCGCCGACCAGUGCGUGCGCGUGCGCUCGCUCACCACGGGCUCGGACGUGCACUGCCUGCAAGGGUACGCGGGCCGCGUCAGCGCGCUCGCCUUCGCGCGCGACAACUGCCGCUGCGUGCUGGGCACGCGCGACGGCAAGGCGUUCGUCUUCGACGUCCACUCGGCGCGCCUGGUGCAGACGCUCGCCGCGCACCCGGACGCCGCCGUGGUCGCCAUUCAGGCUCAAAGUAGGGACACAUUUUUAAUCACGGCGGCUGGCAACAAGAUCGUGGUGUGGAACUUCUACCUCAAGAAGAGCGAGAUGUGCCACCCGCAGCCCAAAUCCAAGAAGGUGGACCUGCACAAGGACCCCGUGUCUUGCGUAGCUCUCUCCAGGGACGGCAGCGUAGCCGUCACCGGGUCACGCAACGGCCAGCUCAAGGUGUGGCAGAUGAGCACCGGCGAGGCGCACACCAACCUGGACGGCCACACGGCCGCCAUCACCUGCCUGGCGUUCGCGCCCAACGGCCUGUUUGUCGUCUCCGGCUCCGAGGACAACACGCUCCGUGUCUGGGGGCUCACCCUCGGUCUGGUCGUCUCCACGUUCAAGGAGCACCAGAGCAAGAUCGUGAGCGUCUUCGUGACAUCGGACAGCCGGCGCGUGCUGUCAGUGGACGCGCAGGGGAUGCACCGGCUCUGGACGGCCGACAGCGCCACGCAGCUCGUCGCCUGCGCCAAGACGGCCAAGCAGGUGACUCUGCACGCCAACGUCGUCUUCACCGUCGGCGGGAAGAGCGACAACAGCUUAAGAUACUGGCCUGUAUUUGAGACAGACAGCGAAAAGACUGUAAGCCACAGUGAAGCCAUACUGUGCUACACCGUCACCUACGACUGCCAAACCAUUGUCACCGGAUCGCAAGACAUGUCGCUCAAGGUGUGGGAAGUCGCCACUGCAAAGCUAACUCAGGUGCUGGUGGGCCACGAGGGCCCGGUGACGUGCGUGGCGGUGGCGCCGUUCCGCUGCUCGCUGGCCGUGUCCGGCUCCCAGGACUGCAACCUGAUCGUGUGGGACGUGACGACGGGCAGCGACCGGUUCGUGCUGCGCGGCCACACCGAGGCCAUCCGGGCAGCCAAGCUGACGCUGGACGGCUCGGUGGCCGUGUCCAGCUCGGACGACAACACGCUGCAGCUGUGGAACACGCAGAACGGCCACCGCGUGGCCAGCUUCGACCUGCACGCCACCGUGCUCGCCGUGACCACCUCGCUGAACACGGGCCACCUGGUCGUGCAGCUGGCCAGCUCGACGCUGGUGCCCAUGCUGCGGCUGCUCAACAACCCGGGCAAGGGGCUCAUGCUCGACCUGCCGCCCGGCACGCCCGUCGGCGACGAGCCCAAGACGCUUGGAGGGCACCCCCUGCGCGGCGUGGUCCCCAAGCGGGUCCUGCUGCGGGGCAACCUGAAGCGGGAGCAGUCGUUCGACUCCUUCUACUGGGACCUGCGCGCCCAGUCCCCCAAGCACGAAACGGCCGCGGGUGCCGACGACUUCCGCGCCAGCAAACCGCUGUCGCCGUUCGGCUCCCGCGAGCACCUGCAGCUGACGGGCGCGGGAGGUGGCUCGGCCGUCUGGAACGGUGGCCUGGGUCGGGGACCCCGCGCCACCGGCGCGCACGCCGGCGCAGGCGACAUGGGCCUGCAGCCCAAACCCAAGCUGCCCAAGCACAAGAUCCUCAAGAAGCAGCAGAGCAUGUUCGCCUGCUUUCCCGAGUUCACGCAGCAGACGCCGCCCACGCUGCUGUCGCCCGUGGCACCCAAGGAGCUGGUCGAGAAGAAGGAACUCUCCAAGACGGGACGCACCGCCGGCGUCCUUCUGCCGCGCACCAACAGCGUCGAGGAGACGCCCGAGCCGGCUGCCCCUGGCCCCGAGAACACGGUCACGGGAUCGGCCGUCUGCGCCCUCAUGUGAGCAGUACAGCCCCGUCAAGCCGCACGCGCCCACUUCCUCCUCGACUAGUAGCAACACGCAGCAGCCGAGCUUCGCCGAGUGGCUGUCGCGUUCGCCCCUCCAUGACGGACACCCUUAUGACAAAGGGAAAACAAUGUGUGUGCUACGGCAGGCGGCAGCUAUACAGCACCCCCGGCCUGGAGGAAAGUGACUAAGGGUUCACCAUCGCAGCUCUGUGCUGUCCGCACUGCGGCCCAUGUCACAUUUCUAUAUACCGUGCCGGGAGCUCAGUGGUUCGCCUCCUCACGCCAGCUGCCGCGCCUGAAAUUGAGCUGUCUGUCCAGCCAGCGUGAAGCAUAAGCAAUAUAGCACGUCACGUGGAAGACGUGCAGUUGGAGCGUCAAAGCGUUGCCGACAGGCAGCUGGGAACUUGGGCAGGUCACUCGCUCGCAUAUUUAUUAGGAGUCGUCACUGCCAAGAGCUGUCGAGAAUGGCAAAUGUCGAGAGCAGAAUCUUGGUGCGUAACUGGCCCCUCACUGCGAUACAGUCUACUGUAGACACGUAUUUUUUUAGUCGAAUGAAACUGCGACACAAAUGCAAUUCGAGCCAAGCACACGUGUUGAAUGAAAACAGGUCGGGCUGAGGACACAGUGACGAACGCGACGUCUCAAACAGUGACACCAGUAGAGUUCAGAGCAAUCUCGUUUAUAGAAUUUUGCUUUUUCGAGUGUACCUUCCUGAGCUGUAGUUUACACAGCCCAUAACAGACCAAAGUCCUCCUCGCCGGUGCCCGUUUCACACCCACAAGAAAAAAGAAAGGAAGAAAGUACGUCCGGGUGCGUGUGAGUAUAUAAACCGUUUUGCGGCAGACGUGGCUGUAGAGCCCACCUGUAAAGCACUCCUUUAGUAAUCGUAAGCAGUCAAAAAUAAAUUUGCUGGCUUCCACGUGCUGAUCUUUUCUUUUUUCAAUAUAUCUGUUCAAUGCGAUGAUCGAGCUUUAGAAAACAGUCAGUCAUGACGUGAAUAACCCGGUGUGAAAUGAUCCAGUGGCGGCUUACCAGAGUCUCCAACACUCGACAGUGAAUCCCGCCUGACACGUUGUUGGAGUGUGAUAAUUGUAUUUCAGUGUGAGCACCUGACCUUGCACAGCAAACGCUCCAGCUCGAGCACAUUUUCACUAUGCACACUUUGUUCACCACUGCACGUUGUACGUUCCUUCUACAGCCUAAGCACAAAUUGUUGUCAAGACCUGCAUGUUAAAAAAAAAAGCGACACACGCUUUUACUGAACAUUCACCCAUGCCGUGAGCUUCGACAGCCGAUUAAUAUAUCAUAGAUAACUGAAAGUAAAACCUUUGUACUUGAAUGGCCUUCCACGUUCCUGUAAACACACAUGAAUACACUGUAAAGAAGAAAACAUACAGACUAAGACACACUGGUGAUGCAAUUUUAUAAGUUCAGCUUCGUAUGCCGAUGCCUGUAGACAGGAGAUUGUCAUCAUUUUCCCGAGAGCUAUUCGAUCCUUACAGUGGUUGUGUUCACAUUCUUCAUGUCCCAGCUCCUCGAACACUAGUCAAACAUUUGCUCAAUGUUUGUCGUGCGCUGCACUCUGGCUCCAUUGAAAGCGGACCUUUCCAGCAAGUAUCAAACAUAUUUUGUAUACUACUCCCUCCUCUGCGUAAAUGUGCAUAAGUGUACAAAGUUUUGUGUUCAUUUCUGCAGGAAUAAUUUAACCUUUCGUUUGUUAUUUUACUGACCGGCUGCUGUUUGAGUCAGUCAAAGGCAUGGUAAUGAAAUCUGACUCGGAGACUUGUCUUGUCGCAUAUGUGCAGAGGAAAAAAAAAAGGUAAUAUGUGUUCGCGCCUAGAAAAAGGAGGUUGUUCAUUCUUUUCUUUACUUGCGUUCCUGUAAUGCUUGCAAAUGUGCAUACAUGUGGCAUAUCAUACUUAUUGUACAUUCUUUUGUGAUGCAUUUGUAUUCAACGUUACUUUUGAUUAUGUUUCGUGCUUGUCGAAGAGUGUGUAGAUGUUAGAUGGCCGCCUAAGCUUCUGGAAGAAGGCGCAGAAGAGAUGUCUUUCGCACCCGACGAGAAGAGGGGAGUGCAUAGGCGGGGUGACUAGUGAUGUUAUCCUUGUGUAGUACUGUGUACCACAUGUCACGCUGGCUUUGCAAGUGCUUCUUCCAGGGCUGGCGUGCUUGUUCCCUCGCGGAGAAAUUUGUUCCCGUUCUUGAGCAUGUGUUCUCGUAGACGGCCCUUGGCACCGUCUGCUACCCCAGACGAGGCGCUAUCGUGGCCACCGGGUCCCAGAGUCCAUGCUCGUCUGGAACCGCCGUGGUCGUCAUUUACGUUUGAUUUUCCUCCCUAACAGUACCUGACGUUUUCUCUUCCAUUAGUGCGUGUUCUUCGAUGUGAGUAUCUUCGUUGCAGGCGAAAAUUUGCACCAUCGUGCUCCCAGUGUUAACGAGAGGCGUUGCCAGGCUGGCGUCCUCUCUAUGCUGAGCGCCACGUGCGCAGCAUGGGGUUCAACCCGGAGUCUCCUCUGUCCUGGUUUCGGCUUGCGCUCUUUUUCUUUGCUUAUUCUUCUUUUUACGGUGCCAGAUUAACUCCUCGCUUCCUCCGCGCAUGGAAUCAGCCACUGUUGUGCUUUCCCCUGUAUGUUUCUUUAUUUUCAUCAGUGUGUAAUCAGCGUGCAGUUUCCCCCGCAACUAGACUUUCACGCCCACAAACGGUCUUACGUAUAGAGGGACAGCGCGAGUGUAUAUGUAUUUCUUUGUAAACGCCGCCGUCCCCCCACCCGCCCCCCUCACCAUGCAGCGUUCCGCGCGUGCGGCGACUGUAACAGGCAAAAUGCCCAAAUCUCACGUGUGGUAAAUGGCGCUCCGCACCAUGCCACUGUCCUCUACUUAGAAGCCAAGUGUUCCCGUCGCGCGUCGCGUGCCGUACCCUGCUGCACACCACCGAGUUUAAAAGUAGUGUAUGCACCCGUCAUACCAUGUACAGACACGCAUUUUUGGUGCACUGUGGGGGUAUCGAACAAAGUCCCCGCCAUCUGCGCUUCUGAGACGCAGCUUCCCUCCCGUCAUAUCUAUAUUCCCGAAACGCUGCGCCCGCUCGAAGCGAGCCCCCGUUGCGCCUCCGAGAUACCGUGGCCUCGCUUUCGCCGGCUACGGAAACCAAUUAGAUCGGUAGACCCCGAUGACCUGUGAUCGCGCCUUAACUGUUAGGUACGCAGCGCUCUUAUGGUAAAACUCUCUUGGCCUUUGUUUACGCUAUUUCGUUCCAGCCAUUUCUUUACUUUCUUGCCGGCGUCUAAAUGACCUUGUGAACGUACUAGGGAGUAUAACGGUGCAAAAGACUAAGCCACCACCGCGUAUUGUGUGUGUGUAUGAAGCGACGCCAAUAUACUUGGUUCGAACGUGCCACAAAACGACCUUACAGGUCUUUCUGUUUGUUUGCUCUCCCAUUCAGACCUAUUUCUUCGUCGUCUUUGGGCACAUCAGGAUGGAAAGUGACGAAAAGAAAAAAAUGUGGCUGUGUAUUGCUGGUCUUUAACUUGUCUUAGAGCCUGCAGAAAGCCUGUAAUAGCGCGCAAAAUUUGUACGAUGCCUUGGGACCACCUGAAAAUAGGGUUAACUUCUAAAAUUACCUGUCAAAUCCUAUUUAUAUUACUACCAAUUAGUCCGUGCACGAAUCACUGCUGCUUCAUUUGCACCGGGACUGACUGAUGAAGAUGCAUUUACACUCUCUUCCGUACACGGUAUUUCGACCCCCUCAUUGCGUCAGCGCAGCAUUAGGAUGGCCGCUCUUCUGUAGAGUUCGACCUUUCAGCACCGCUGUCGCAAGCCAACGUUUCCACAGAAAAACCAGGGUGCUGAACCAGGGUGCGUUCAGUACGUGGCUACUGCCAGUGCUGUUCUUUCGGCUCCUUGAGUGUGAACUCUGGCCCGUCGCAGCUGCUCACAAGUGCGGAACACCACAGUCAUUCUCUCUAGCUGCGCCAGCCAUACCAUUAGCUGCACUGUAAGUCAAGGGGUUGAUGCACGUAGGCAUAGUGUAUCAACGCGUGUCACACAUCGUUGUGAGUGUGCGCCUCUAUAUUGCUCAGCUUUUGAAACACAUGUUCACUAUGACCUGUACGCUUGAUUUUUUUUUUCAGAGGUCCGCAUUACACAUAAGUAAACGUCGGACCUUUUUCUUCUAUGUUAUCAGGAAAGGAAAAAAUGUGACAGCCCUGCCUUCGUUAAACCUGCCCCUGUAAAUAUACAAAGCGAUCAAAGGAGAAAAAAAAUAUUUGCUUGGGCUGGGCAUCUAAGCAUAAAUAUAUCAUAUGCGAGAAAGAAGGCGCUCAGUUAGAACAAAGGGCAGGAUAACUAUUUGCCAAGUUACGUCACCAUUCCCGGCGCGAAUAUUGCAUAUUUCUGUGACGGCUGUCUCAGAUUAGACGUAACAUAUGAGACUCAAAAAUUAAAUGAUGAUUCUUGCUGAUCAACCUGCAUAAAUGGGACGGACAUAAAAUUUGCGCGAUAUCGCCAACUCAAUUAUAAUUUAACAAAAUUUCAAUAUUCGAUUUUUCAGUUACUGGCUGACUUCACAUCUGCGAUUACAACAUGCCUGCUAAAGUCGUUAAUUAAAAUUUAGUUGCUGAAAUAUUGUAAAUUAGCAAUCGUCGUAUUGGGGAUUAUGGCGCAAAAUCUUAUGACCACCCACACAAGAAAGCUUAUUGGCAAAAAAAUAAAGUAUAAUUUCGUCUCGACUCGCCUAUACUUAAUAAUCCGAGGUAGUUGUCGCAGAGACACGCGAUAUGAAAACCAAUUUGUGGUGCCAAAUUUCUGGCGGUUCGGUAAGAAAGUUGCAGAGCAAACAACUCUGCGUGCUUCGACAAGUAUCCCACACAGUCAGGCGGCAAUUCAUCCAGCACGCUGCGAGCAGAACGAACGUGAUAUUGCUGUCUCCCAAGAGCAGGGGGAUGCUGCUAACAUAGACAGAGAGCAAACACCUACCCUGAAUGUGAGGCUGCAUUUGAGCCGCCGUCACCCCAGCGAAAAAAUGGGCCUGCGCGAAAAUGUCUUUCGUUGAUGCUGGCCAACAUGCAAUCCCCGGACCCCUCUAUGCAAUGUUUACGGCAGCGUGGUUUUUGAAAUUAAUUUUUGUUUUCCGCUGAAGGACGACGUGUCGCGGCUACAUUCCUAGUGUCGUUCCACGUAUGUUCCACUAAGUAAGUAAAAAAAUUAAUCAAAUUAUGGGGUUUUACGUGCCAAAACCACGAAUUGAUAAUGAGGCGCGCCGUAGUGGAGGACUCCGGAUUAAUUUUGACCCUCUGGAGUUCUUUAAUGUACACCUAAAUCUAAGUACACGGGUGGUUUUUGCAGUUCGUCCCCCAUUGAAAUGCGGCCGCCGUGGCCGGGAUUUAAAUCUCGCGACCUGGUGCUUAGCUGCGCAAACUAAGUAAAGAAGUGAACCGAGAAUGGGGCGGAGUCACUGCGCAGAGCACUCUAUUGUAUCACCCCUGGGGUGAGGGAGGAGGAGGGUCUUUACUGCUCUAUCGUCGAGAGCUGCCCAUAUUCUCAAGUAUAAUGACGUGUUAAAUGGCAUUUAUUUAUUUAUUUAUUUAUUUAUUUAUUUAUUUAUUUAUUUUUUUAGACACUUGCAGACAUUUGCCGAAUUGAUCGACUUAUUAAGUGGCGUCUGUGUGGAAGAGAUGUCCUUCAGCGUCAGCUCCUCCUUCGGUCGAGUUCCUUGCCACUGCUAUACUGCAUAUCACCCUUAAUAUCGUUCGGCAUAGAUCCCACGAACUAAACGAAACAUGUUUCUCAAAAUGUUCAACUUAUUUAUUGGAACUUGCGUGGUACGAGAUCAGGAAUGUGAUGCUGGGUUAAAGAAUUUCACUAAUUACUUAACAAAGGAUUUCUUUCAAUAUACCUGGUCGAAUUAUGGGUAAGUUUUGCUACAUUUCGCAGCAAUAUAUGUAAACCUUGCCACGAAAGCGAUGUUGGUCGCACAACGUGCAACAUCGUCUCUCGCUUCCUUUCUUCUUCCUUUUUUUUUAAUGAACAAUAGAGGUUGUUUCGUUGUCGCGAUUUAUUGUGGAGCGUCGAUUAACGAUCUACUAAAAUAUGGAUGUCUCUCUCUCUCUUUUUAGCACGGGAAAAAAAUUCUUACAAAUGCCACACGUUGUUCAUAGCUGUGUUUUCCCUGUGCGAUGGUGUAUUCAAGAAACAGAAAAAAAAAAAUUCUGGUGAGGAAGUUGUUUCUUUGUGGUUAAGCACCCAAUGUUUGUUCCUUUCCCCUGUAUACGGUUCGUUAUCCCUGAUGUAGCGUGCACCAUCCUUGAACUGUCAUACGCGACGAAGAGUAGUAGCCAUUGAAGUGCACCUGAAUGCCAGGUGGUUGACAUUUUCCACGUUUAUGUAUAGCUGGACCCUUGGUAAAUGGAGUAAUAAACAGAAUGUUUCUACGAAAAGUG